ACAAAAACUGAGAGUAUCCCGAAGAGAGAGUACAAGACAUACUCAAGAGAAUCUCCUUUUUUAUUCAUUUGUUACAGCAUCAUUAAAGUUUACGAUUCAUUAGAGAAAGUAUAAAAUGCCUAUCAGUGCCUGGAUUUAAGUAUAAACAGUAGCAAGUUGUCCAGCACCAGUUUGACGAUUACAAAAAAAUAAUCAUUUUUUUUUAUAGUAACAACAGGUCAGAGAAAGAAAAGCAGGCCAGGGAAUAAGCAUAAGAUGUGAUCAGAGGUUCAAGAUCUGGUACCAUUUCUUUGAGAUUGAGAAAAUGAAGAAGUGCGAUCUCUGUGACUCUCCAGCCAAUAUUUACUGCGACUCUGAUCAGGCUAGCCUUUGUUGGAACUGUGAUGCUCAGGUUCAUGGUGCAAACUUCCUGGUGGCUAAGCAUUCCAGAACCCUUCUUUGCCAUGUUUGUCAGUCUUUUACGCCCUGGAAUGGCUCCGGCCCCAAGCUUGGUCCUACCAUUUCUGCCUGUGAAAGUUGCGUCAAUAGCAAUGCUCAAAACGAGGCAGGAAAUGAAGGAAACAACCGUGAUAAUGAUCAUGGCGAUGCUGGUGGUGGUGGUGGUGAUGAUGAUCGACCCCAUAGAGAAGCUAACACUGAGGAAGAUGACGAUGACGAUGAUCACGAUGAUGACGACGACGACGACGACGAUCAUGGUCAUAGGGAUGAGGAUCAAGGAGGUGUUUAUGAAGACGAUGAAGAAAAUCAAGUAGUCCCAUUAUCUUCUACGCCGCCUCCCCCAGCCUCAAGUUCUGCCACGAGAAGAGGGCUUUCCUGAUACAAGAACCCCAUUUUCAUGGGAGAGUACCAGUUAGAAUGCAGAGUUUUAAAAAUAAUAUUAAUCUCUGGACAGAUGCAGUAUUCAAAAGUAGAAUGAUCAAAGGAUGCCGGUUCUCUCAGCUAAGCCUUAGAAUCGCAAAAGAACUGUGACAAAGCAGAUUUGGGAAUGCUGAAGCAAGGAAAGACAAAGAGGAGGAGGGUUCCUGAAGAUAUAAAAGCAUGGUUGCCAAGACUGGAUGUUUCAUUUCUUGAUGGCUUUUUUUACCUGCCUCGUCUAGCCCUUCAACCUGAUUUCAGGCAACCUUUACUCCCUUCAAUUGAGUCAAUGACCCACACAAACCAGAUAACAAAACUCAAACUCUAUAAGGAGGGUAUAUUAGAGUUUUGUUGUUCCACUGCUUUUUCAAAAUCAUUUGGCAGAGAAUAAGCAGAGUCUGCACAGAUGGGUGCAGGCAUAUUGUUUUCACCCUUUUACAUGUAAAAAGUGAAAGAGUUUUAAUUGGAAAUUAGGCUAUUGGGUUUUUCUUUUUAAUUUUCCGAGUAUUUAAACUAGUGAUUCACUGUGCAGACGAAGUGUAUGGCAUGAAGGGAAGUUCAUCAUACUAGGGUUAAAAUUUUAGUUAUUUCUAAGAAAACACUUGGUGAUCUUGUAUUGGAGGGUAUGGUGUCUUAAACAAAUGUAUUGGAAUUGUAGUU